GUUUGUCUGUCUGCGCACCGGUGAUGAAAUCUCGGGGUCUGCUGCUGGCUCGGUACAAACGGAGGAAAUCUGUCAAGACUUCCCGCUCAUGAGGACUCCGGUAACCGCAGAGGACGCACGGAGCAGGACCGAAAGGGAGCAGCGCCGGGGCUCUGGAGUCAGGUGCUGCUGGAUGAGAGUCUGACUAGGCAUUUUCUCCCCGGUGACAGAGACAGUAUCUCAGCGGCGCAUCUUCCCACAUCCUCCUCCCCUCCCUUCUCUCCUCCUCUGCUGCCCUCCAAGGCUGCAGCCCACCGACCAUGGCCCUGGUGACUCUGCAGCGCUCUCCCACCCCCAGUGCAGCAUCCUCGGCCAGCACGACCAACAGCAGUGCGGGGGAGGAUUUUGGAAGUGACGAUGAGCGGAAAAAUAAUCAGAGCCUCAGUGAGAGCUUCUUCAUGGUCAAAGGAGCCGCCCUCUUCCUCCAGCAGGGUGGCAGUGCACAAGGACCAAAGACCCCGACCCACCACAAACAUGCAGGUGAUUUACCUCAACACCUGCAGGUCAUGUUUAAGAUCCUCCGGUCUGAAGAUCGCAUUAAGCUGGCGGUACGGUUAGAGAGCGGAUGGUCAGAACGGGUGCGCUAUAUGAUCGUUAUCUACACCAACGGCCAUCAAGAUACAGAGGAAAAUAUUGUCCUAGGAAUGGACUUCACAGACAAGGACUGUAAAGAUUGCUCUAUUGGGAUGGUGCUACCACUGUGGAGUGAUACCAACAUACAUUUAGACGGAGAUGGAGGCUUCAGUGUGAACACAGCAGGACGGUCGCAUGUCUUCAAGCCUGUAUCUGUGCAGGCCAUGUGGUCUGCCCUGCAGGUCCUCCACAAGGCAUGCGAGGUGUCACGCCGGUUCAACUACUUCCCAGGGGGCAUUGCUCUCACGUGGAUGGCCUUCUAUGAGAGCUGCAUCACCUCAGAGCAGAGCUGCAUCAAUGAGUGGAACACUAUGACCAACCUGGAGACCACCCGGCCUGACUCACCCACUAUGUUUGUCGACAGGCCAACAGAACGAGAGAGAACAGAGUGUCUCAUCAGAGCCAAGCUACGCAACAUCAUGACGUUUCAAGACCUGGAGAACAUCACCUCGAAAGAGAUCCGUAACGAGCUGGAGCAGAAUAUGAGCUGUAACCUCAAAGAGUACAAAGAGUUCAUAGACAACGAGAUGCUUCUGAUCCUGGGUCAGAUGGACAAGGCCACACUUAUCUUUGACCACGUGUACUUGGGCUCUGAGUGGAACGCUUCCAACCUGGAAGAACUACGUGACUGCGGAGUGGGUUACAUCCUGAAUGUUACCAGAGAGAUUGACAACUUCUUCCCAGGGAUGUUCUCCUAUCACAAUAUCCGCGUGUACGAUGAGGAGGCCACCGACCUGCUGGCCCACUGGAACGACACCUACAACUUCAUUGUCAAAGCCAAGAAGAACAGUUCCAAGUGCCUGGUGCACUGUAAGAUGGGGGUGAGCCGGUCUGCCUCUACAGUUAUUGCCUAUGCAAUGAAGGAGUAUGGCUGGUCUCUGGAGAAAGCCUACAACUUUGUCAAGCAGAAACGGAGUAUAGCUCAGCCAAACGCUGCUUUCAUGAGACAGCUGACAGAAUACGAGGGGAUCCUGGAUGCAAGUAAACAUCGCCACAACAAGCUAUGGAGGCCUGAGGCAGAUGAGGAGGGAUCAGACGAUUUGCAAGCCUCUGGCCACAGUACUGGUGGGGAGGAGACACCAGUGCUCAGAGAGGAGGAGGCCUGGGGAGGCUGCGGGGCGUCUCCCUGCAGGGGUAUGGGUCUAGAGAUGGAGCCCCUUGACUCUCUUAACUAUAAUUAUUACUUCAGACGUUUGUCAGACUCUGCACUAGACAGCGAGCCCUCCACCCCAGUAAGGGGUCCCCCUCUGCUGGGUAUGGAAAGGGUUUUCAUUGAGAUUGAAGACGUGGAGAGGGAUGCCCUACUGGAGGACGAGGGUUUCCCCAUGGCCCAUUUAGCCCUGCCUGGCGAGGGCACGGCAGCUCAGACGUGUGGGCGCCUUGACCCCCUGGAGGACAUGAGACUGAGGCUCGAGUUCAGCACUUUGGAGGAAGAGGAUGAGGAGGAGGCCAAGAAAGAGGAAGCUGAGAUGGCGGCGCUGGCUCAAACACCUGGAAAUUCAGAUGGGAAGAAGGCCGGGGAGGAAGGCGAGAGGACGGAGGAAAGCCGGUUAGGCCUAGCCAACCUGAACACCAACAACAGCAACCGCUUAGCUGCCAAGCGCAGCUGCCCUGCAGCUUUUGACGACAGUGCUAGCACAGGAAACCCUUUAAAAGUGAAGCCUUCCUAUCAGUCCUGUAAAGACUGCCUGCGUCUACCACAAGGGCGGCGCUGUGACCGUCCAGCAGGAGGCCGUUCUCACCGCCUCAACCCUUCCCGCCACUGCACUGUCCCCACCAUAUGCAUAGAUCCGCCCGGGACAAAUUUUGCCACUACGGCAGUUCUGCAAUCGCUGCAGGCCCCUGCAGUUGUCCCUCUUAACUUGGUCCAGCCCUGUAGUCCUCUGUACCGCUGCGCCACAUGCGGCCCUGGUGUCCCAGCUGUCCCACUAACCACCCGCCAGAAACUGGUCUCACCCAUGAGCUGUGAGGAGACACCUACUGACCGCAGCUCAGUGGAGACGGAGGACAUGGACGAACCACAGGGGGACGACGUUGGAGAACAUAUAUCACGGGAGGGGGCAGGGGCCAUCGCUGCAGCCACUGCUGAAGGUUUAAAAUUACAACCCGGUGGAGCAGUGGAGCUCCAGCUGCAAAUGCCAGGACUGGGGAUAGAAUUUGGUCUGGAACUAAUGCGACAGAGGGCAGAGCGGCUUGAGAAGCUGCCAAGUUUGGCCAUGGAGGGCCAGCUCCCUGUUGGGCCCCUGCCUUAGUACAGUGGCCCUAGCAUGGAUGAGAUGGAGGAGGAGGCUUACCACUGCCUCCACCAGGUACACUAUGAUGGCUGUGGGCCUUUAGAUGACUGUGGUGUCCUACCAGAAACGAAGCUCUGCUUUGACCUGUACUGUCAUGUCCUGGCCUCAUAGCUGCACUGUAACAAGCUGCAACAGCAGCUCUCGUCCUAUCAUCGUCUACUGGCAUUAAGAUCCAGAUGAGGCUGUUUUGACCACAUGCUAAAGGCUUGAAUGCUUCUGACCAGAUAAGGACUGAAGACUGUCCAGUGUCCCCCCCACUUGUCCCUCAGACCUGUCGGUCGGGUCUCUUCUGAGCCUGCCAGCCACACACCACAUACUGGAUCACUGCUCUUCCCCACAGCUCGGUGGCGAUGAGUGUUAUGCUGACAUUUUACCCGCAACAGACAGGUUUGGCAUAUUCCUAAGACAGGAGACGGUGGUGGUUUCUAACUUUUGAGAAAGCUAUAGCUAGCUCUUUGAUAUUGAUGGAAAGAAAAAAUAAACCCGCUUCUGUCAGUGUACUGUAUGUUUCUCAAUCCAACUCAUCAACAGUAUUCAUGAAGGAGCUCAAUGAAUGUUUGCAGUUGAGCCUGUUUGAUUGCAUUCAGUAUCUCCUCAUGUUACCGCUGAUGACUGAAUCCUCACUCAUACCUUCACUUAUAUUUUCCCUGCUGCAGCUGCUUUUGCAUCGCCAGAGGGCAUUUCACGUGAAAGCAUAAUAAUUUUUUAAAAGGAUGUGAGCAUAUGUGAGCCUUUUUAUGCCUCUUUGUAAAGCAUCGUACCUCAGACCACAAGCAUCUCGGGACUGUUUUGGUCAAAGACUGUUUUGUUGUCUGCUCAGUGGCUGGUUCACCCCGACCUCCUCCAUUAAUGCAAUCAUGUACUUAAAGCGCUCACUUUAACCCACGCAUGACUUUGCAGUAUUAGGCAACAUAUCCUCCACAUGCUUAAACAGAAAACAUUCUACAUGAGUUUUGAAAAACUGAAAAAGCUUUCAAAUUUGUCAGUUUAAGUGACAACAAAAGACAAAAUCGUUCAUCAGGUGGAUGAUAAAUUGAUUGAAUUGAACGUAACCCCUCGUCUCUUACUUAAAAGAAUGACAAAGAAAAGAAAAAAAAACACUUUCAGUUGCUGGAAGACAUUACAUUCGUUCAUUAAGAUGUUAAGGAAUAUUCAUAAGCCUAAAUGUAAAUUUAUUUUUGAUUCCUGAUGUAACCAAAGCCAUAUCAUGUUGCCAGGGCCAGUUAAUCACCUUCAUGAUUUUAGACGGCAAAGAAGCUCAGAACAGUUCCCUUUGAUAUACUGUACAUACUUUACUAUACUGAUCUUACCCAGCCUGCAUCUGGGUAGUCAUUUAUCGUAGAGGCUCCCGUGGUAAAUGUGGCUGACUCGGUUAACUUUUUUGGACACACGUUGAAAAAAAAAAAAACAUAGGCUACCUUUCCCUAAACACACAAACAUUUGCAAAGGCACACUAAUCAUGUAUGAAUUUAGCACUUGAGCACAACUCUAGUAUCCAUUUACACAGACAUAUUUCAGUAGCUAUGUUUAAUCAAAUUAAUUUGAGAACACUAAAGAAGAAAAAAUGAUGAAUGAAAUCUGCGGUAAGCUUCAAAGAAGUAGUCAACUGACCAAAUAAUUUAAUAAUAAUAGUUUAUUUGAUCUAAUAAUGACGGUUGCAGUCAACAGCAGAUGCUGCUGUAAAAUGUUUUGAUAAUUUACAGUUUAUGUGAAAUAAAACUCCAGGUGUUAUUAUUCUUUCAAAUGACCAUAUUAAAUAUUUCUAUUUACAGUGUCAAAAUAAGAAAUUCUAUUCCCAAUUUCUAAUACUAGAUACCCUUUGUUUAAAUAUAGAAUAAGUAUCCUAUCAAGAAAAACUCAGCUCUUAUCCCAACAAACUUUUUUUAUUUGUUUUUUAGACUUUUCAUUUCGUACAUGUUCAGAGAGCUUGAGGCAUGUUUUGUUCAAAUUGUGCCACCAAUCCAAAGUUGCUGUGCCCCAAGGUGUCACUCUGCAAGUUCUUCUGUUUGGUUGAUGUUGUGUUCUUACUGUUUUUGGCACGCUGGGUGUGCUAGAAUGGUACUGAAUGAUGCCUGUUUGUAUGCAGGAAAAGCACAUGCAAAUGUUAUUAUUGUGUUGAACGAUCUGAGUGCUUCAGAAGAAAUGAAAAACUGUGCAAGGAAUGAAUGCAAAUUAUUUAAUCAUCUUGAACCAUGAGGUUAUUGUAGAUUUUUUUGUAGAUUUUGCUUUUCUUUAGUUAGAUCAGUAGAAACAAGCAAACAAAAAACAAUGCAUCCUCUGUUCCUCCUCCUCCUUCCUUAACUGGACCCCGGAGAGUUGCAGGUUUGCUCCACUAGUUAGAUUUAAAUAAUUUGGUUUUGCUUUUAACCUGUUCUUCCCCUCACAUGGCCACAUGGAGCAUAAUGUAACAUAAGGCACUUACACAAGCAUCUGAUACUGCACACAUUCAAUGUAGAAGCAGUUCAAAGUGAAAAAGGUACAAUUAUUAUAAAGUUGUUAUUAAUAAUAAACUUUGCAGCUCUAAGAAUUAAGAACUGUUACAAAGUAGCAAGCUAGCUAAAGGCUGUGAAAGACAGAUUUAAGUAAUAGUUUAAACUUUGGGAAAUAUACAUAUGCUUUGUUGCGGAGAGUGAGAAGAUCUCAGUUGAGUUAACUUAACUCAGCAGACUAGAAACUGAGAAACAGCUGGUUUGGCUCUUUCCAAAAAGUAACAAAAUCCCCCUACCAGCCCCUCUAAAUCUCUUUCUAUAACUAUUAACACUUUAUAUCUUAUUUGUUUGAUUUGCAUUUGGUGAACAGGGAUCCAAAAAACUAAAUUUUUAACUGUGAUCAUUAGAGGUGCUAUUAGGCGGACUUCCUUUCACCUUCAGACAUGGCUAGCUGUCUUUAUACUAGUCUUUAUGCUACGCUAAGCUUAAUGUCUGCUGGCUGUAGCUUCAUAUUUACUGACAGACAUGAGAAGUGGUAUCGAUCUUGUAAUCUAACUCUCAGCAAGGAAGCAAAUAAGCGUAUUUCCCAAAAGUGUUGAACUCUUCCUUUAAUAUUUUAUUAAUAUGACUCCAACUCAAGCCAGUUGUUCUCAGUAUGAUCUCAUGGGCCUCGGUGUGUGAUGUUACAAGCACUAAAUCCUUCUAUUUGUGUUCCCAGACCAUAGCACGACGUUCGGUUGUUUUCUUCAUUGUUUUGAAUUAGUUCUUGUAUUUAAGUGCCUUAACCUUGGCCUUAGCUCUAUCAUAAAGCAUCACAGGCAUUGCAAAGUUUCUGUGAGUGUUGAUGGUCUGGUGUUUUUUGUACAUUACUCACCCUCUCUCCCAAUAAUAACCAUGCUCCUUGCAAUGUAUAACUCUGCACAUAAUAUAAUGUAUGCAAACACACACACACACAAGCUCAUGCACAGCAGCCUCCUCCACCCCAAUACACACAUACUUGAUGGACUUCCAUUUAUUAAUAGCCUAUAAUAAUAUUGUAUUUGUUUGAUAUUGUUGAAACUUGUGGUACACUGUAUUGGUUCAAUAGCUGGCUGAAGAACCUUACCUGCUGGAAUGAGAACUAUCAUUUACAUUAAAACAUUAGAUAGGAUUAAUUUAAGUCUUUGAAAAUUUACCAGUCUGUAUAUAUUUUUCUCUACAAUUUGCUAUCGAGUACAUUAGCUUGCAAAUGUGGCCAAUAUUAAGAAAAGAACUGAUAAUGCUACUGUGUAUUGAGAAGUACUCAUAAUUAAGUUCUCGUGUUUGUACCACAGCAAAAAAAAUGACUUUGGGCCGCAUCUCUAAUUUAGGCAAAUGUCUUCGGGCUCUAUUAAAAAAUGGCAAUGACUGAAUUUUUUUAUUGCAUUAUUCCCAGGCAGCAGGCAUCAAACUGACAAUCCUACUUUAGAGCCAGACAUUGAGACUUUGCGAGAAAGGAUAUUAAGACAUAUUGUAAGUUAAAAGGGGGAUCCAGGCAUUUAUAGAGUGUAUUCAUAGAGCACAAGUCUGCCCCAAAGCAUGCAAGGUUGAGACAAGUGGAAAAAUGUAGAACAUGAAAAACAUACCUGGGAGUAAGAUUUUGUUACGUUCAUUGUUUUUUUGUUAACUUUUGUGUACUGUACUGUACAUUGCCAAUGUUCAUGUGUAAUGCACUUUUUUUUACAUUUUGUUAAGAUGAUGUCCAGUCUAAUGUUUAUCAUGGAAAUAAACCA